AUGGCCGACAAUGAAGAUACUGGCGGUCCAUCCGUCUCCGAGCCCUUGGAUCUUGUUCGUCUCUCCCUUGAUGAGACCGUGUUCGUGAAGCUGCGUGGUGAUCGCGAGCUCAAGGGCCGCCUUCAUGCAUACGAUAGCCACUGCAACCUAGUCCUUGGCGAUGUGGAGGAGACAAUUUACGUGGUAGAAGAGGAUGAGAAUGAAGAGGAGACUUUGCGGACAAUCAAGAAACAAGAAGAGAUGCUUUUCGUCCGAGGAGACUCCGUGGUCUUGAUCUCCCCCCAGGCAUGA